GCCCGUGGGCCCGGUGCGGCGGCCCGCUGCCCGGCGGGGGAACGGCGCCUCGCGGCCUGGCGGGCGGCGCGCAUGCGCGGGGCUGCCCGGUUCCGGCGGGGGCGGAGCGGUGGCGAGGCCAGGCCCGGCUCCGGUGGCGGCGGCCGCGCUAUGCGCGCCUGGUAGAGUGCGGCGGUGGUGGAGGGUCGCGCCGCGAUGAACCUGCGCGGCCUGUUCCAAGAUUUCAACCCCAGUAAAUUCCUUAUUUAUGCCUGCCUGCUGCUUUUUUCUGUGUUGCUCUCUCUACGGCUGGAUGACAAAAUUCAAUGGAGUUACUGGGCUGUAUUUGCUCCAAUAUGGCUGUGGAAGUUAAUGGUGAUUAUUGGUGCCUCGGUGGGAACAGGAGUGUGGGCCCGAAACCCACAGUAUCGAGCAGAAGGAGAAACCUGUGUGGAGUUCAAAGCUAUGUUAAUUGCAGUAGGCAUCCACCUGCUACUGCUGAUGUUUGAAGUUCUGGUGUGUGACAGGAUUGAAAGAGGAACCCAUUUCUGGCUUCUGGUCUUCAUGCCAUUAUUCUUUGUAUCUCCAGUGUCAGUUGCAGCUUGUGUGUGGGGAUUCCGACAUGACAGGUCCCUGGAGCUCGAAAUCUUGUGUUCAGUCAAUAUUCUACAGUUCAUAUUUAUUGCACUCAGACUAGAUGAGAUCAUCAGAUGGCCGUGGCUUGUUGUUUGUGUUCCACUGUGGAUCUUGAUGUCCUUUCUGUGUCUAGUAGUGCUCUAUUACAUUGUAUGGUCUGUUCUGUUCUUGCGCUCUAUGGAUGUGAUUGCUGAGCAAAGGAGGACACACAUAACGAUGGCUGUCAGCUGGAUGACAAUUGUAGUUCCACUGCUCACAUUUGAGAUCUUACUAGUGCACAGACUGGAUGGGCAUAAUUCUUUUUCUUUUAUACCCAUAUUUGUUCCUCUCUGGCUUUCACUCAUAACUUUAAUGGCAACAACAUUUGGACAAAAAGGAGGAAAUCACUGGUGGUUUGGAAUUCGCAAAGACUUUUGCCAGUUCCUGCUUGAAAUUUUCCCAUUCUUACGAGAGUAUGGAAAUAUUUCUUAUGAUCUUCAUCAUGAGGAUAAUGAGGAUACAGAAGAAACACCACUGCCUGAACCACCAAAAAUUGCACCAAUGUUUCGAAAAAAGACUGGAGUGGUCAUUACACAGAGUCCUGGAAAAUAUGUGAUUCCACCUCCCAAGUUAAACAUUGAUAUGCCAGAUUAAGAUGACAGUAGCGUAUUAAACUUGAACUGGGAAUCAGCAGACAAAUAUAUUUCAUCUCAUGCCUUGUCCCAAUUACUUUAAAAUAGGUAUUGCUGAAUCAGUGGCUUGGAUUAUACAAAUCAGAGAUCUUGAAGAUAAUCUGAGAGCUUUUCCAGAGAUACAUAGUGGUCUAAUAUGUGAACCUUCCUAAUGGGUUGGUUGCAUGCUUGCCUGUAUAGUAUUUAUAUGAACAUUUUAGCAGUGUAAUAUAUUGUCCAAAAGUCUUGUUGUGUACAGUGUAAGUAUUAUCUAAAAGUAUUUUUUUAAAAACCCUGUAUGAAAUGCCUAUGCUAUUCCAGGUGUCUUUUAGAUCCUAAAUAUAUGUUUGAUUUCCAUGUCUGUUUUAAAUGCUUUGGGGGGGAUGCCUUAGCAUAGUACCCGUUCUUUUUCUGUUCAGCCACAAUCAUUGUCUUAACCACAGAGGCACAGGUGUGUUGCACUUCUCGGGGAAAAACUGGAAAGCUUUUUGAGGGGGAAAGUAGAAUGUAUAGCAACUUACAUGAUGUUUUUGAGUUAGCUAUGUAAAUUUUCAUGUAAGUAUUUCAAUUUUUGCACUGGCUUGGGAGUUAAAUGUUGCUUUUGUUGCUUUUCCAGUCUCAUGUUUUAAUGCUUCUUGAGCAGCAUGUACACUGUUCUCCCAUUAGACUGGCUGUUUAAUAAGCUGUUCCUUCUUGCAUUGUGCAUGCAGUCUAUGCCAGAAACAUUAGUUGUAGGUUUUACAGCUGUCAAGUUAGCUGGUAUAAAUAUCAUAGCUUGGUCUUCAUUACCAACUUUGUGUUGGUGUAAAUGAUUAAACUUUUCAAGGUAGGAACUUACUGGUAUAGCAUUUUCUUGUUUGAAGAAUGACUUCCAUGUGCUUUUGAGACAUUUAGUCUUUAAAACUUAUAUUCCAGCAGCCUAUAAAAACAGAUUGUAGAAUGGUUUGGGUUGGAAGGGACCUUAAAGACCAACUAGUUCUACUCCCCUGCCAUGGGCAGGGACCCCUCCCACAAGCCCAGGUUGCUCCAAGCCCCAUCCAGCCUGGCCUUGGACACUGCCAGGGAUGGGGCAUCCACAGCUGCUCUGGGCAACCUGUGCCAGUCACUCACCGCCCCCACAGUGAAGAAUUUCUUCCUCAUAGCUCAUCUAAAUCUACCCCCUUUCAGUUUAAAGCCAUUGCCCCUUGUGCUAUCACUGCAGGCCCUUGUAAACAGCCCCUCCCCAGCUCUCUCAUCGCCCCCUUUAUGUACUGGCAGGCUGCUCUAAGGUCUCCCUGGAGCCUUCUCUUCUCCAGGCUGAACCACCCCAGCUCUCCCAGCCUGUCUUCACAGCAGAGAUGCUCCAGUGUCUGAUAUUCCCACAUCCUUGCAGCUGCACAGUUUAGGCAGCUUAAAUACCACGGGUUGUGUUUCUUUAGUGUUAGCAUGGCAAUGAGAGCAAAGAAUAUAUGGAUAUUUCUGCAUGUGUGAAGGGCAA